AGCUUCCGGUGCGGAUGCUGCUAAAGCGAGGGUGGAAUGAUGCUCUCUGUCGCUCCUGCUGCUCUUGUCCUUGCUGUAGCUUGGAUUUGUCCAAGUUACGCACUUUAUUUUCACAUAGGAGAGACGGAGAGAAAAUGCUUCAUUGAAGAAAUUCCGGACGAGACGAUGGUUAUUGGAAAGUACAGGACUCAGCUAUGGGACAAAACGACCAACUCCUUCCUCCCAUCCACCCCCGGUCUUGGGAUGCAUGUUGAGAUCAAGGAUCCAGAUGCAAAGAUCAUCCUCUCACGUCAGUAUGGCUCUGACGGUCGAUUCACGUUCACCUCGCACACUCCUGGAGAACAUCAGAUCUGUUUGCACUCCAACUCCACAAAGAUGGCUCUGUUUGCAGGAGGAAAACUGAGAGUUCAUCUGGAGAUUCAGGUUGGAGAACAUACCAACAACUAUCCUGAAAUUGCAGCAAAGGACAAACUCACCGAGCUGCAGCUGCGAGUCCGACAACUGCUGGACCAAAUCGAGCAGAUUCAAAAGGAACAAAACUACCAAAGGUAUCGUGAGGAGAGGUUUCGCAUGACAAGUGAGAGCACCAACCAGCGCGUUCUCUGGUGGUCCAUCGCUCAGACGCUCAUCCUCAUCAUCACCGGCAUUUGGCAAAUGAAGCACCUGAAAAGCUUCUUUGAGGCCAAGAAAUUGGUGUAGUUUUUGUCUCGGGUGUUUCGGGAUGAAAAACGAGUACGUACGAGAUGGACUUGACUCACCAGAACACGGAGACGUUCACCUUCAGCACAUAAACAUUCAGGAGGAGACGCAUUGUCUUUAUAUCCGCCAUCAAUGGUAUGACUUUUUCCACAGAUCAGUCCUGGGAAAUGUUCUUUUCCUUGUAAAUGUUUUAGGUUUUCAUUGAGUUACAGCAUUCCAGUCGCUUUCUUCUUUGUGACUGGUGGUGUUAUUGUGAUGAUGAUUAUUAUUAUUAUUAUUAUAUUAUAAUUGUCUUUUAAUUUCAUGUUUUAUGAGUGUGAUUUUCUGUGAAAUUUAUUGAAAAAGUUAUAGUGAAAACUGAAAUCGUAAAUUUGCAAACAAUUUGACUCAUUGAGCAGAAAAAUCCACUUGAGGGACUCUUUGUAUAAGAGAGAUUAAAUUCUGUUUAAAAGGUUUGUCUCAACACUUGAUUAGAAAGGUGUUAAGAUUGCUUUUAUCCUUCCGUCGAGUUCAUCCUGAACCAGCUGCUUCUUUGUCUACAGCCUACAGUGAUGAAAGAAAAAUAUUAUUUGUGGGUGUUAAACAUUUUAGUUUGCGAUUCUCUUAAAAAGCAAAUCAGUUGUCCUGCCACCGGGAGCGUUUACUAAAUCUGCGCCCAGUGAUACACCUUAAUUAAAAUGACAAAUUUCCGCCAUAAAGGUGGUGAAUAGUGAGGAGAACCUGAUCAGACCAGUUGGUGCUGAUGGAGGAUUUUAAGGUUAUCAGCAAAAGCCAGAGUCCCUGUCAGAAAUGUUUACAUUCGCUGUCAUAGUUUAGUGCCAUCGCUAUAGAAAAGUGACAAGUACUUUAGUUGAACUAGGUUUUUCCAUUUCCAAAUUUACUUCAGAUGAUUUUUAUAAGUACAGUUAAAGGCUUUGUACACAUUCAAAGUCAUUCACUGACAUUAAACUGCUUAUCUGGUUUAAAACAUUGCAGUGCAGUGCUCUUAACUAUGGACUAGUGUUGAUGAUGGUUGUCGUCACUGAAAAUCAAAAAGAAUGUUUAUUUAGGUUGACUUUUCAUCAUUGCCUGUAAAAACAGCAGUAUGAAAAACCAAUUCUUACGAAGAAGCCCAAUGUUCUCCGAUUGGUCACCUUCAGCACCCUGAGCAGGCUCCGCCCCCACAUCUGCAGCCGCUCGGUUGUCGUUUGCAGAUGUUUUUGAAUGCAACAAAUUCAAAAUCUCUGUUCUCCAACCAGAAAAAAGGAGGAAAAAACUAAGGAAACACAGAUUAGUUUGCAUUUCUGAAAGCAAAGCCUUACGCGUUGAAAGCUAGAUCUUGUUUUCUGCCAUUUCAGAUUUAGGAGAAAUGGCUUGUGUUAAACAUGUUUCUUCAUUUAGGUGAACUAAAUUACUAGGAGAUGUUUUCCAUCUGUAAGUAAUAAACUAAACAAAUGGGAAGGAAGUUGUGGUUUUGUCAGUAAUGGAUCGUUUAUAGCUGCAGGAUAAUUUAAAUCCCUCUUCUGAGGUACGUCACAGGCAGCAACAUAUGGGACUGAAAUGAAGAGAGAAUGCAUUUCACUGGACACUAAAUUAGCCCACCCCUCCCGGUGGUAGAUGAGUCACACUCAUUUUUCAUUCAUUUUCAAGGAAAUAACUAGGUCAAAAUAACCAAAAUACCCAGAAUGCACAUUUGAAGUUGUUGGGUCAGAUGGUUGCAGAAAGAGGACACAUACAGCAUUGCACAUGGUACAAAAACUCAAAAGCAUCAUUUUUGUUUCUUGGAAACUUUCAAGUGUGUUUAUUCAUGAUUGUGACUGCACUAAAGUGUUAAGAGCCGUCUUACUGCUCAAACGGUUAAUGUGAAAACAAGUGUCACCAUCUGCUCCUCCGCGGGGUGUAUAGUUUUUAGCUCAGACAGUCCUGUAAAUACAGUUUGAUACAAAAUAACAGGAUUAUAUGUUGUAAAUAAUGUUGCUGUUCUGUUAGUUUUCUACUGGCUUUUACACAGAUUGAGUGGCAAAGAACUCCUUUGUCCAUCUGCUUCAGUCGUGUCUCAUUAAGUCCUUAUUUAUUGAGCUGAAUCUUUUAAUGCCAAGGUUCCUAUUUUGGGCUCCUUUUGUCAAUGCCGGGCAGUGAUUGAAUAAACUCAGACCUGAUCAGAUUUAACAAGGUUCUAAAUUUGUACAUCGUCUUCUUGUGUACUUAAAGGUGCAGCUGAAUAGUUUUUAAAUGGGUUCAAGUACCAUCUCGUACAAUUUACUGUGAGGUACGUCACCUCCAUGUGCUUAAUAAAGAAACUUUGGCCAAA